AUUAUCUUUCCCUGAAAGUAAAGUUGUUUCCCUCAAUUUCUAGUUGAUAAAGUCCAUUGCUUUCACUCUCUCUCUCUUCGCUUCUCUCCAUUUCUAGUUGAUAAAGUCCAUUGCUUUCACUCUCUCUCUCUUCGCUUCUCUUCAUUUCUAGUUGAUAAAGUCCAUUGCUUUCACUCUCUCUCUCUUCGCUUCUCUCCAUUUCUAGUUGAUAAAGUCCAUUGUUUUCACUCGAGCUGUAAGCCCCCUCUCUCUCUCUUAAAAAUGGAGCUGUAAACCCCCUCUCUCUAGACGAGUGUUGGCAGCUUGUUCUCUCUUUUAAAGGAAGGGGAAUGGCCUGGACGAUUGCGUCACCUUCCUCGCGCUUUUCCUUUGGAGCAUCAAAUGAAAUUCCCCAAAAUUCCUCUCGUUUUCCACGCUUAGUCCCCCAAUUUUGGCCUUGGGAGAAGGUAAAACUAGGGCCAUUAUCUGUUUCUCCUAUGGGUUUUGGAACAUGGGCAUGGGGAAACCAGCUUCUUUGGGGGUAUCAGGAGGCAAUGAACAAUGAAUUGCAAGAGACAUUCAAUUUGGCUAUCGAUAAUGGAAUCAAUCUUUUCGAUACUGCUGAUUCCUAUGGUACUGGCAAACUUAAUGGGCAAAGUGAGAGGCUUCUUGGAAAAUUUAUUAGGGAUUAUCAAGGACCAAAGGGUGUACGUGAUAACAUCAUCAUUGCAACAAAGUUUGCUGCAUAUCCAUGGCGCCUGACAGCUGGGCAGUUUGUGAAAGCUUGCCAGUCAUCUUUAAAACGACUACAAAUUGAAAGAAUUGGGGUGGGACAGUUGCACUGGUCAACAGCAAAUUAUGCUCCUUUGCAAGAGUUAGCUCUUUGGGAUGGUCUAGUUGCCAUGUAUGAGAAGCCAUGCUUCAAGCAGAGUUUAGUUCGUGCUGUUGGUGUGAGCAACUAUGGGCCAAAGCAGCUGCUUAAGAUUAGUGACUACCUCAAAGCCCGAGGGGUUCCUCUUUGCUCAGCUCAGGUACAGUUUUCUCUACUGAGUAUGGCCAAAGAUCAAAUGGAGCUUAAAGCUGUAUGUGACUCUUUGAACAUAUGCUUGAUAUCUUAUAGUCCUCUUGGUUUAGGGAUGCUAACUGGAAAAUAUACGGCUUUCAAACUUCCACGAGGACCAAGGGCUCUGCUAUUCCGUCAGAUACUUCCAGGUUUAGAACCUUUGCUGCGUUCCCUAGGAGAAAUUGCAGACAAGAGGGGUAAAACUAUUCCACAAGUAGCCAUAAACUGGUGUAUAUGCAAGGGCACCGUCCCGAUACCUGGAGUAAAAUCUGUGAGACAAGCAGAGGAGAAUUUAGGGGCCCUUGGUUGGCGCCUCUCCUUAGAUGAGAUGCUUCAGUUGGAAUCUGCGGCUCAAGAGUCACCUCGAAAGAUGAUCCAGAACAUUUUUCAGACCAGAUAAAUGCAUUGAUAUUUCCUCAGGUCCUAUGCUUUCGUAGAGUUUUAGCUGGUGAAUCUUGAAAUCUCACUAUAGUCUUUACUUUUUUAUUUUGUAUUCGUCUUUAUGGAUCCUUUCAUGUAUCAAUAGGCCCUAAAUAAGACAGCCUUGGUUUUUCUCACAGAAAUGAAUCCUCGUAGUUUCCCAAAGCAAAGAUGAAAGGCCGUUAAUUUUGA